CGGUGCGGGAGGGCUGCGAGGGUUUCUUCCUCACGGCGGGUGAGCGGUGGGUGUGCGCUGCUUUGAGGCAGGCGCGGCGCGGACGGCCCCGGCGGGUGGCUGGAGCGCGGCGGGCGCUGAGGGGAGCUGCAUAAGAUGGCGGCGGCGGGAGCUGAGGCGGCGGCGGCGGCGGCUGAGGAGGAGGCGGAGGAGGGGGGGAAGCGGAGGCUGCCGCUGCCGGACCCGGAAUCGGGCGGUGAUUCGGAGGACGAAGGAGACUCGGACUCGUCAGGGGAUGGCGAGGAUGAGGAGAAGGAGAACGAGGCCGAGAUCCAGCGGCUGGAGGAGCAGCUUUCCAUCAACGCUUUUGACUACAACUGCCACUUGGACCUGAUAAAGCUGCUCCGCCAGGAGGGAGAGCUGGUGAAGCUGAGGAGAGCUCGCCAGAAGAUGAGCGAGCUCUUUCCGCUUACCGAAGAAAUCUGGCUGGACUGGCUGAAGGAUGAGAUAAAGAUGGCUUCUGAGAUCUCGGAGCGAGAGAAAGUUUACGAGCUGUUUGAGAGAGCCGUGAAAGACUACAUCUGUCCUGAAAUCUGGCUGGAGUACGCCCAGUACUCGAUCGGCGGCAUCGGGCAGGAGGGAGGAAUCGAGAAGGUUCGCUCCAUAUUUGAGAGAGCCUUAACAGCCGUUGGGCUGCACGUGACAAAAGGAACGGCUCUGUGGGAAGCGUACCGCGAGUUUGAGAACGCCAUCCUGGAAACAGCACAGCCAGCUCCUGGCAGCGUUCCGUCGCCCGAGCAGCAGCAGAUGCUCUGCAGCCAGCUUGAGAGGAUCCACACGCUGUUCAGGCGCCAGCUGGGGAUCCCGCUGUUAGAUAUGGAGGCCUCAUACGCUGAAUAUGAGGAAUGGUCAGAAGAGCCAAUACCAGAAACAAUAAUAAAGAACUACAAAAAAGCUCUGCAGCAACUGGAGAAGUGUAAACCAUACGAAGAGGCACUGCUGGGUGCUGAGACUCCAAAGCUAGCAGAGUACCAAGCUUACAUCGAUUUUGAGAUGAAAGCAGGUGAUCCAGCUCGCAUUCAGUUGAUCUACGAGAGGGCUUUGGCUGAGAACUGCCUUGUACCAGAUCUUUGGGCACGCUACAACCAGUAUUUGGACCGGCAGCUGAGAGUGAAAGAAUUGGUCUUGUCUGCUCACGACCGUGCUGUUAGGAACUGUCCCUGGACAGUUGGGCUCUGGAUUCGCUAUCUUCUGGCGAUGGAGAGGCACGGAGUUGACCACUGCAUUAUUUCUGAAAUAUUUGAAAAGGCUCUGAAUGCAGGUUUUAUUCAGGCAACGGACUACGUAGAAAUCUGGCAGGCAUAUCUUGAUUACCUAAGAAGAAGAGUGGAUUUUACACAAGACUCAAGUAAAGAAUUGGAAGAGCUGCGAUCUGCAUUUGCGCGUGCUGUGGAGUAUUUGAAACAAGAAGUCGAAGAGCGCUUUAGUGAAAGCGGAGAUCCAUCCUGCACCAUCAUGCAGAACUGGGCAAGAGUUGAGGCCCGUUUAUGUAACAACAUGCAGAAGGCCAGAGAGCUCUGGGACAACAUCAUGACUAAAGGGAACGCCAAAUAUGCAAACAUGUGGCUGGAGUAUUACAACCUGGAAAGAGCCCAUGGUGAUACUCAGCACUGCAGGAAGGCCUUGCAUCGAGCCGUGCAGUGCACAAGUGACUAUCCAGAGCAUGUCUGCGAGGUGCUGCUCACGCUGGAGAGGAUAGAAGGAACGUUAGAAGACUGGGAUGCAGCUGUGCAAAAAACAGAAAACAGAUUAGCACGAGUUAACGAACAAAGAGCAAAGGUCGCUGAGAAAGAAGCUGCUCUGGCAAAGCAGGAGGAGGAGAAAGCUGAGCAACGAAAGCAGGCUCGGGCAGAAAAGAAAGCUUCCAAAAAGGCUAAAAAAAAUAGAAUUGGAGACAAACGCAAAGCUGAUGAUGAUGAUGAAGGUGAAUGGGGACGAGAAGAAGAAGAGCAGCCCAGCAAGAGGCAUAAGGGAGACGGCGAUGGUUUACUUCUUGAAGAAGACAUGGAGUUAGAAACUGGGCUGUUUGGAAGAAGUGGAACUGAAAAACCAGAUCGGCCGGCAAACCAAAAGCAAAAGGCAUCCACCAGUCGAAAAGACAUCCCCAAAGUUCUGCACGACAGCAGUAAAGAUAACGUUACCGUCUUUGUCAGCAACCUUUCCUAUAACAUGACAGAACCUGAAGUGAAACUGAAGGAGCUUUUUGAGAGCUGCGGGGAGGUAGAGCAGAUCCGCCCGGUGUUCAGUAACAAGGGGACGUUCCGGGGCUACUGCUAUGUAGAGUUCAAGGAUGAGAAAUCUGCUCUCCAAGCUCUUGGGUUGGAUCGUAAAGUUGUGGAGGGAAGACCGAUGUUUGUUUCUCCUUGUGUUGACAAGAACAAGAAUCCAGACUUCAAGGUGUUCAGGUAUAGUACCACACUGGAGAAACACAAACUGUUCAUAUCUGGCUUGCCAUUUUCCUGCACUAAGGAAGAGCUGGAAGAUGUGUGUAAAGCACAUGGGAAUGUGAAGGACAUCAGGCUGGUCACCAACAGAGCAGGAAAACCCAAGGGCCUGGCCUAUGUGGAAUAUGAAAACGAAGCUCAGGCCUCGCAGGCUGUGCUGAAAAUGGAUGGCCUGACAAUUAAGGAACACGUCAUCAAGGUGGCGAUCAGUAACCCGCCUCUCCGAAAGCUGCCAGACAAGCCAGAGGCAGGCAGAGCCUCACAAUUUGCAGUACCACGACAGAUUUAUGGAGCGCGAGGGAAGGGAAGGACGCAGCUGUCGAUGAUGCCUCGUGCGUUGCAGCGCCAGAGUAAUCCCGUGGCUAAGGCUGAGAAUGGGAUGGUCCAGAAUUCACCAGCAACUUCAUCCGAACCUGCUGAGGAGCCGAAAAAGAUGUCCAACGCUGAUUUUGCCAAGAUGCUACUGAACAAGUGAGCAGGAAGUCUGCAAUCAGCUGGUCUGGUAAAAUGUGAAAUGCCUUUAUGGAAGCCAUGUUGUGUCCUUAUGCUAGCAGGGAGAGAACGCCAGUCACAAUCAGGUGUAAAUACUGCUCGGGACUACUGCAUUCAUUAAGAUCAGUGUAGGAUGGUACAAAUCCGUUUUCCUCUGUUUUUAAGAGCAAAGAGUUAUACUACGUUCUGGUAAAAUGGCAUUUAUGUGAUCCCUCAUAUUGAGGGUACCGAGGGGGGAAAUACUUCCUGUACAGGUUGGAUGCCACAACAUUUUUUUUCUGAAUACUUUACAAAUAUUUCUCUUUCAUUAACGAACGAGAUGCGAUGUGAAAGCCUAGGGCUAACCUGGUCGAGCCCCACUGCUCAGAAGUUCAGAUUGUGAUUGCAGUCAUUCUCUCUGACAACACACCCACGUUCCACCAAAACACUCUCACACGCACGGAAAUUCAUCUCCUUCCAUUCAGAGUUAAAUGGCAAAUGCUAGUAAUUCACCACAAUGGCCUAUUUUAGUAUUGGGAGAGUUUCUAUACAUUGGUGUGUAUAUGUAUAUACACAAAUAUACAUAUCUAUGUAUUCCGUUGAUGUUCUGUUCGAGUUGACCUGUUUUUUAUAUUGUGUAUUUGUAAAAGACAUUGAACUUAUUUUUAAGUGUCAUGGAUAAUAUUAGCUCCGUAUGUUUUUUUCCCCAUGGAAGCUGUACAUGCUCUUGCUGAGGACCAUUCUUGUUUGUUUUUUGCUAGCUAGCCCAUACGUCUUUGGCAGGUGGUUUCUGUAUGGUUUUGUACAAAUGUGAAGUGCAAGCUGACGUUCCCUGGUUUAUUAAACUCAAGUUCUCAAAGGUUUUCUAUAAA